GCACCUCUCAUCUACCGCGUGUGGAGCACAGACUGAAGAAAUACACGUACUGAGAAAAGAAAAAAAAACACGUUAGUCGGGUCAGGUGGUUUUCGAGAGAGAGAGAGAGAGAGAGAGAGCGCAGCCGUUCAUUCACGGCGCACUGGAUUCAAGUAACACUCGCCCCUGGCAGCUGAAGAUGCUGUUACUAUGGAAACAGUUUUUGCUGCUAUCAAUCAUGGAAUAUCUUGCAGAGUGUGUGGAUUAUAAGUCUUUCAAUGGGCCAAAAUGGCGAAUGGAGCCCAGUGAUCUGACAGUGGGCUCACUGGAGGAAGAGGCUACGCUGACCUGUGACGCAAAGGGCAUUCCUCCACCUCAGUACAGGUGGUCUCUGAACGGCACAUUGAUUAAUCUCAGCACCGAUUCCCGUCGGCGGCAAUCUGGAGGAAAUUUGGUCAUUAGGAGUCUGGACCGUGCCCAGGAUGGAGGAAUAUACCAGUGCACUGCCUUCAACCCACAGGGAGCAAUUCUUAGCAGAAGAGCGAGCCUCCAGUUUGCAUACUUACAUUUAAAAACUCAAACGAGAAGUGCUGUCUCUGUGAGAGAAGGCCAGGGGGUAGUUUUACUUUGUGGUACACCAUCAUAUGCAGGAGAUCUCUCAUUUGCAUGGGUCUUUAAUGAGUACCCUUACUUUGUUCAGCAAGACAAUCGUCGCUUUGUCUCUCAGGAGACGGGAAACCUUUACAUCGCCAAAGUCGAGCCCUCAGAUGUGGGUAACUACACGUGCGUGGUGGUAAACCGCAUCACUAAAGGCAAAGUCCUCAGCUCCCCGACCCCUCUGGUACUACGAACUGAUGGCGUAAUGGGUGAAUAUGAGCCGAAAAUAGAGGUUCAUUUCUCUGACAUGGUUCCAGCCGCAAAGGGAUCUGUUGUGACACUGGAGUGUUUUGCUUUGGGGAACCCAGUUCCAGAGAUAACGUGGAGGAGAGCGAAUGGAGUGCCGUUUCCCAGCAAGGUGAAGAUGAAGAACUCAAAUGUAGUUCUGGAGAUUCCCAGUUUCCAGCAGGAGGACGCCGGAGGCUAUGAAUGUGUAGCAGAGAACAAGAUGGGAAAGAACAUGGUGCAAGGACGACUGUCUUUCCAUGCAAAGCCUCAGUGGGUUCAGACGAUGCGAGACAACGCUUUGUCAAUUGAAGAGAGAUUGUUUUGGGAGUGUAAGGCCAAUGGGAAGCCCAAACCUUCAUACAGCUGGCUGAAGAAUGGAGAACUACUGGCAGCUGAGGACAGGAUCCAGAUAGAGAAUGGAGCCCUGACAAUCAGCUCCGUAAACCUCUCAGAUGCUGGCAUGUAUCAGUGUGUCGCCGAGAACAAACACGGAAUCAUUUAUUUCGGUGCUGAAUUGGUGGUUUUAGCCUCGCCCCCAGACUUUUCCAGAAGCCCUCUCAGAGCUCUGCUUAAAGCCAAGAUGGGCAGCACAGUCACCAUGGAGUGCAGGCCCCAGGCCUUUCCCACAGCCAUCAGCAUGUGGAGGAAAGGCAUCGAACCGGUGCAGAGCACAGACAGGAUAACUUUACACCCUGAUGGAACACUUAGAAUUACAAAUGUGACCAAGAUGGACGGGGGAAACUACGCUUGCUUGGCUAGAAACCAGUUUGGUGCGGCCAGCACUACAGGAAGACUGCUGGUCACAGAUCCCACACAAAUCACCCAGGGUCCAGUGGACAUGGAGAUCAUUGUUGGGGAGAGCAUCGUACUGCCCUGCCAGAUCUCCUGUGACCCCGCUCUGGAUGUUUCAUUCUCCUGGGCCUUCAAUGGGCAGCUCCUCAAUAAACUGGACCAGCAUUAUGAGCAUGUGGGUGGGAGUACAUCUGGAGAUUUGAUGAUACGGAAUAUACAGCUGAAGCACGCCGGAAAGUAUGUCUGUGUGGUCGACACGGAUGUCGAGAGUUUAUCAGCUGUGGCUAUUUUAAUCGUGAAAGGUCCCCCAGGAGCUCCAGAUGGCGUAACAGUGGAGGAGAUCACAGACAGCACGGCUCAGCUUUCUUGGAGACCCGGCCAGGAUAACGGCAGCCCCAUCACAAGCUAUAUCAUCCAGGCCAAGACAGCUUUCACAGUGGGCUGGCAAGCAGUGAACACGGUUCCUGACACGGCCCCCACCGAUGUUGGAGGUGGGGGUGGUUCCAAGUCAGAGUUAGUAAUAACAUGGGAGCCUGUGCCUGAAGACCUGCAAAACGGAGAUGGUUUCGGCUACAUCAUCGCUUUCCGGCCGCUGGGGGAGGUCAACUGGACGCACGCCGUCACCUCCAUACCAUCGCAGUUCCGUUACGUGUACCGGAACGAGAGCAUCCCGCCCUUUUCUCCAUUUGGCGUCAAAGUGGGUGCCUACAACACCAAAGGCCAGGGACCGUUCAGCCCCGUUACCAUUGUGUUCUCGGCCGAGAAUGAGCCCAGUGGCGUUCCAGAUGGCGUGUGGGCCAGAAGCAUUUCUGCCACUGAAAUUGAAGUGAGCUGGCACAUUCUCAGCACUUCCCCAGAAAGAGUGUUGGGCUACGAGGUGGUGUACUGGGAGGAUGAUACAAAACCAGAGACCAUGGGCAAAGUCAGAGUGUCUGCCAAUCAGAACAAGGUUAACAUCAGUGGACUGAGAGAAUACACUCAGUAUUUCCUGACAGUGAGCGCUUUCAACACGGCGGGAACUGGCCCUCGGUCUCCCACCAUCAAUGUGACCACCAAGAAGUCCCCACCCGGGCAGCCACCUUUGAAUGUGGAGUGGAAUUUGAUUGGCUCUAAACUCACUGUUCAUUGGGAGCCUGUCAUUUCUCUGGAGAUGGAGUCAGAUGUUACUGGCUAUCAGGUGUCCUACAGAAGGAACCGGCAUAAAGAAAUUAACACAAUAACAACAAAUCUGACCUCAGUGGAGCUCACGCUACCUGCAGAUGAUGAUUACAUCAUUCAGAUACGAGCGCUGAGUGACGGAGGAGAAGGGAUGCCAACCGAACCCAUCAACAUACAUAAACUUAGUAUGAGCGUACGAGGGUCCAGAGCCUGGCGACCCAACACCAUCCCCGUCUCCUUGCUUUCUAUCAUCGUGUUAUCGACACUGCGACUGGCUUUGUGUUAACGGUCUGAAGGAUCGAACGUCCUCUGACCGGUUUGAUUGCCCACACACUUCCUCAUUGUGGAAUCGUUGGAAAGGUGCACCGAAACACUUUUGAAGAGAGAUUAUCGAUCUAUCUCUCCAUAGUUAUCUGAGGCAAUGCCCAGCGAGGCCUUCAAGGAGCGUAACGGGAAAACGUCAGCGUCACGGUGGUCAGAUUUCAUGUGCAUGUGUUAUGUACUGUGUAUCAUUGUGUCCUUGCAAGUGAUCCGAGACCCUAACAAGGUUUCAACCGAAGGUUUUUGAAGCGUAUUGGUGUAUGAGGAGGGAUGAGUCAUGUUACUGCACUAAGAUUUCACCUUCUCAUUGAUCAUCCGUCGGAACAAAUGCCUUACUUCCAUGUACAUGCCAAAGUAGUUAACAUCCUUUUACUUCUUAUUAAGCUGCUGUUUGUUAAACUUGUGAUUGUUUUGUAAUUAUCCCAUCAUUAAUUGAAAGAUUAGUUCACCCAAAAAUCAUUUACACACCCUCAUGUU